UCGCGCCUUUUUGGCUACCAAAUUUCUCUUUUUCUUUCACAAAUUUCAUCUACCAAAGAAAGAAGAAGAGAAACUCCAAUCUCCUAUGAGAAGAUGGCCUCCAAACGAGCUGGUUUUUUUGCUAAAACAUUGCUCCAACAUAAACCACAUACACCAAACUCAUGCCUACAUAGUAGUGAGAGGUCUCGACCAACACAACCUCCUCCUCAGCCAAUUCAUUGACACCACUUCCUCUCUCGGCUUUAUCGAAUACGCUUAUUCACUCUUCACCCACAAAACCAAACAACCUCAGUUAACAUCAGAUGAUAAUGACACGCUUUAUAUCUAUAACACCGCCAUCAAGGCUCUCUCUCGAUCUCGGUCACCUCGCUUUGCGAAACAAGCCAUCAUUGUUUAUAACAGAAUCCAACUGUCCGGGUUGAGGCCCGACACUUACUCUUUCCCUUUUGUACUCAAAGCCGUUGUUCGAUUAUCCGAGCUUCAAUGUGGGAGAGUCAUUCACUCUCAAGCUAUAGCUACUGGGUUGGACUCGGAAGUUAAUGUGGUUACAGCAUUGAUUCAGAUGUAUUCAUCUUGUGGGGGAUGUGUUUGUGAUGCUCGUAAGUUGUUUGAUGAUGGGGUGAGCUUUAUUAGAGGAGAUGUAGUGAUCAUGUGGAAUGCGAUGGUUGCUGGUUAUGUUAAGAUUGGUGAUCUAGAGAACGCGCGGGACUUGUUUGAGAAAAUGCCUCAAAGGAAUGUGAUUUCUUGGACUGCACUCAUUGCAGGGUAUGCUCAGAAUAAUCGUCCGGAUGAUGCCAUAAAUGUGUUCCGCAGAAUGCAGAUUGAUGAGAAUGUGGAGCCUGACGAAAUUGCAAUGUUGGCUGUACUCUCUGCUUGUGCUGAUUUGGGUGCUCUUGAGCUAGGGGAGUGGAUUCAUAACUAUGUUGAAAAACUUGGGUUAAACAAGAAUAUUAUUCCUCUCAGAAAUGCACUCAUUGACAUGUACGCAAAGUCAGGCAACAUAACCAAAGCUCUACAAGUCUUUGAAACUAUGAAGCAUAAAAGUAUCAUAACUUGGACGACGAUUAUUGCUGGACUGGCUUUACAUGGGCUUGGAAGAGAAGCUCUUGAUAUGUUUUUUCGCAUGGAGAGGGCUAGAGUUAAGCCAAAUGAAGUCACUUUCAUCGCCAUCCUUUCUGCUUGUACCCAUGUUGGAUUGGUUGAAAUGGGGCGCUGGUAUUUCAAUAACAUGGAAUCAAAGUACGGGAUUGAACCAAGAAUCGAACACUAUGGCUGCAUGGUCGAUUUACUUGGUCGAUCUGGCUAUCUCCAAGAGGCCCUAGAACUAGUUAAGCGGAUGCCAUUUGAACCAAAUGCAGCUAUAUGGGGGUCUCUUCUUGCUGCCUCCAAUGUUCACUGUGAUGCUGAGUUAGGAGAGCACGCAUUGCUGCAUCUACUACAGUUGGAGCCCCAUAACAGUGGAAACUAUGCACUUUUAUCUAAUAUAUAUGCUAGUCUAGGUAGGUGGAAUGACUCUGGGAUGGUGAGGAAGGUGAUGAGAGAAACAGGUGUAAAGAAGAUGCCAGGCGGGAGUUUCAUUGAAGUGAGUAACAGAGUUCAUGAAUUCAUUGCUGGAGAGAAAUCACAUCCACAGUUCAAUGGGAUAUAUGAAAUUCUGGUUAACAUAAAUGGACAUUUGAAGAUGGUUGGGCAUGUGCAAAAGGGAGGUGGUGGGCUACUUGAAUUUGAUGAAUGAUCAGGAUUAGGUACUAUUCACAAGAAAUGGUUUUGAACUGGCUGUUGAGUUGAGUACCACUGGGAAUAUAAUGUGUUGUAAGUCAUAACCACCUGAUGUGCCACAACUGCUUCAUGAAUUGAAAACCAAACCAAUUUCAACUGACUUUGAGAAGAUCUGAACUUAAUAUGUUUAUAGACAAGAUCAAUAAAGCAACAUCAAUGUUUUUCUGGUCUUUUUAUGCAAUCAGGAGCCAAUUUCAUAUUAUCUGACGUUCUACCAAACGUACGUGGCAUCUUGGUCGUGAGGGGAGCUUUGCUGCAUCAGCAUGUUUUUUGCCAGCCAUCUCAUAACCAAAAACAGGGCUUUUCCCUUUCAUCAAGCUUUGAGAUGAGGUGUCCACGUCUUCUUUUUCAUUAUCUUCAUCACCUAUUUCAGUAGUCAUUUGUUUACAGUGUUGUUCUAGUUCAAAUGAGUAGAAUGAGAUGUCAGAAUCUUCUUUUGGGUCAACAAUACUGUAAUCUAAAUCAGAUGGCAGCAGGUGGGAGCAACCGAAGCUGUUUGGCAAGAAAUUGUCUGGGCAUCUUGUUUCACCUGUUACCGUCUGAAUCAUAGUCAUUAAAUUGACACCAUUGUCAUCUUGAUCCAAAUUGAUACUAUAGCUGCACAUAUUGGGUGGAGAAGAACUGCCAUGCUUAGCAGAGGAAUUGUCCUCUAUUGAUGGGCCAUGUACCAAAUCUUGUGUUUGUAUCAUUAAGUCACCACCAAUUGUGUGCAAUGGUGAACUGGAACCAGACCUUAACUCUUUACUGAGACAAUCCUCCAUGAGUGUUUGAGGUUUAUCAAUCCCCUCUUCCAGUAAAGAUCCUCUAAAUCGCUCAACAUCAGCUUGUUUCUCCAGCUUCUCAUGGGAAAGUCACAGACUCAGCACGAUGAUACAAUGGCCUUCUCCUUCUUGCACGAAAUGCAGGUUUCUCUUCUGAAAUUGGGUGUUCUGUCCCAGAUUUUAUUUUGCUGCUAAUAGUUGGCCUCAUAAAUCUUGGUAACUGUGACAUGGGACCUUUGGGGAUAUCUCUAGUCUUGUUGCUUAAAACUUCCAGAUUAGGUUGGGCCAAUCCAAUAGAUAAAUCAGGAGCAUCUGGUUGUUGACAGAAAGUCGGUUCUGCCCUUGUUAGUGUCUCUAAUUUCUCAUUUAACUUCUCAAUGUUUCUCUUAAUAUCUCGACGCUCGUCUUCAAUCAUUUUUAUUUUUUGAUGAAGAUUUGUCAUUGCAACUUCCUUUUGCUGCCUCUCUUCCUGAUUUCAGAAACUUCACCUCAGUGGCCAUUUCAAAUUGAAAAAGAUCAAAAUGCAGAAUAAGACAAAGCAGCAUUAUGCAUCAGUUGGGAAUUGAGAUGAAGCUUGGAAAUGGCAAGCCAGCAAACCAGAUGAAUGCUUCUUGCCCUUGUUGCAAAAUUUAAAGAACAUAUUGUCUCACACAGAUCUUCUUCUUUGGGACUAACAUGGACGAGCAUAAGUGUUUUUGAAUCCUUUCCUGAGGUUAAGUUGUUGAAUCAAGGCAAGAUACUUAGAUUUGGCUGGUGAAGAAGAACAAUACAUAUACAUGCCAGAAGCACUUGUAAGAGUGGAACAUUCCUGUAAAAUAUUCAUGCCUUCCCUAGCAGACAUUUACAUGGAAUUAUUCCCAUAGAUAUAUAUGACUAUGAAAGAAGAGAUACAUGUUAAGUUUGCUACAUGAAUGGUAAGAAUUGACCAACACCCAUCUCAUACCAGGU